CAGUCAGCGGCCAGGUAGCCUUGGAGCAGCUCCCUGGGGCACUGGCAGUGAGAGAAGGCGAAAAAGCCGAAUUCCAGUGCAGCAUGAGAGGAGACAGCAUGAGAAACUACUACAUGUUCUGGUACCGGCAGAACCUGCAGGGCUUUCUCACAUGGAUUUACAAGGAGGGUGAUGUCUACGGAGAGGGCUUUAAAGAUCGCUUUCAGGGAAUAGUGCAGAGCUCUGCAAACAGAUUCACCCUGAGGAUUCGAGCAGCCAAGCCAGAGGACACAGCCGUGUAUUACUGUGCUGCAGACCGCACAGUGAAGCAGCUCUUGAGCAGGGUGGAACAAGAAGUGGCUGCGAGGGAGUCCAGACAAUACGGGUCCCUGGAAGCAGCUGUUGAAGAAGCCGCCACUGUGUGUGUGUGUGUGUAUGUGUGUGUGCACGCACUGCCUUGCUCCCUGUCCUCUCUGUCCACAGGGGUCCAGGCCCAAUGGCAGCUGGUGGAGGCUGGUGGAAUGGUGAAAGCGCCUGGGGAAUCCAUUCGCCUCUCCUGCCACGGAUAUGGAUUCAACUUCAGUGUUCCUUAUUUACGUUGGUACCGUCAGGCCCCUGGUGAUGGACUCAAGUGGGUGGCCACCAUUAGCCAUGAUUCUGCCUAUAUUCGUUACGGUUCGACAGUGGAAGGGCGAGCCACUGUCACUCGCCAAAAUUCACGAUCCGUGACAUUUCUGUCC